AUGAGUGAUUCAAAAGACGAUGAAAUACGAGUUUUACCCGAAAAAAGUCGAAAACGAUCAUCAUUUAGUAGCAAUCCUCCUAAUCCAGCUCGACCAGUUCGAUUCUUAAUGAACAGAAGGCAAGCAUCAAGAUCAAAGAGUAAUGCGGCUUUCGUUCACGAAAUGGAAACUGUGGAGGAACCAGAUACAACAGAACAUGCUCCUCCAACAACUUAUGGUUAUUUAGAACAUAUACAAUCUAUUAAACCUUUGAUGACACCUGAUGACAAAAAACUUCCAAAAAAAGUGAGAGAAUAUUAUGAAGAUCAAUUGGACUUAAUAACAUCAAUUGAAGAUGUUCUUGUACCAAAAGAUGAAGAAGCAGCAAGUAAUCAAUCGGCUGCUCAGAAAAAACAUCAGCGUACAAUCAAAAUAUUGACGCAGGUUACUUUAUGGACUAAUCUUUUUCUUCUUAUUUUCAAAAUCGUUGGUGCAGUAAUAUCAAGAUCACUAUCAGUCAUUUCUUCUGUUGUUGAUAGUACUGUCGAUCUUUUAACCAGUCUUAUUCUUAUUUGGACACAUCGGAAAAUAAAAAAUCGAGAUUAUUAUAAAUAUCCUGGAGGACGAACACGUCUUGAACCGAUUGCUAUUGUUAUUUUAUCUGUAAUUAUGUGUUCAGCUAGUGUAGAGGUCAUUUUUGAAAGUGGUCAAACAUUAAAUCAAGAUAUUGAAUACUUUACACAUAAGAAUGGUAGUAAUACAUCAUCGUACUCAUUACCUACUAUUGACAUGACUAUUAUACCUAUUCUGUCUAUGGCUGUUACUAUCGUAUCUAAAGCAAUUCUCUUCGUAUUAUGUUAUCGAGUUAAAAAUCCAACAAUGUAUGCUCUUGCCGAAGAUCAUCGAAAUGAUGUGGCAUCUAAUAUUGUGGCACUUGCGUGUGGACUUCUUGCUUACAAUGCUAAACAGGGCAAGAUCAAACAAGAACUAGUCGUAGUGGAUCCAGCUGGAGCAAUCGUUAUUUCAGUAUAUAUCAUCAUUGCUUGGAUCUUACAAGCAAAUACGCAAGUACGUAAUUUAUCAGGUCUUGCAGCUGAGCCUCAUAUUCUCCAACGACUUACUCAUAUCAUAUAUAACUAUCGUCCUGAUGUAAUUACAAAAAUUGAUUCCGUUCAAGCUAAUCACUUUGGAACAAAUUAUUUCACGGAAGUUGAUGUCGGUUUACCAGGUUCAAUGCCACUUUCUAAAGCUCAUGAUAUUGGUGCGGAGUUACAAACUCAAUUGGAAACUAUUGAUGAUAUAGAACGAGCUUUUGUUCAUCUUGAUUUUGAAUUUACACACAUGCCAGCUGUUGAACAUAAAAAUCUUUGA